CUUUCCUUGAGUCAGCCGUCCCAAUCUGACAAUAUGUAAUAUGUACUCGAAAGAUGCCGCAGCAUUGAAGCCAUGAAUCUCGAAUUCCUUUUCUGCGUGUGUGCCACGAAUCAAUCAAAUCGCACGAGUAACAUAGAGGAACUGAUUUCCCCCUUCAGACCUUCCCAUGGCUUCUCGUCCACUGUGACGCAAUUGAGCUCCGCUAGACCAUGCUCGAGAUAUAGGCCGGACCAGCUGCGGACCCAUCCUAUCAGCCUGACGCCCCAGCCCAUCGAGUUGAUGAAUCAUCCUCCGCACCAACGCACCUCGAGUACCUUGACUUUGAAAUGCGGACUGCACAUAUCACAUAUACCUUCUUCAGAACCGAAAUACCCACCCAUGACAGCCACGAAUCGAGACCCCAUUGCGCGAGAUACGAAUCUCAAUCCUUCCCGAGUGUUCAGAAUCCUGACUCGCUUCAGGAUUCGAGCACUACUAGUCGCAUCCGGUCGGGGUCUUGUCAUGCCAUCUGGCCCUAGUAUCGUUGACAUAUGUGGUCGCCCUUUGGGCCACGGUCUUGCACUCGUGACUGCCGCCAGCCAUAUGGGACCGGAGUUCCAGGUUAUGUAUUAUUGACGAUAUUCAAUGAUAUCGGAGUGUUUUGACUCGCUCGGUAUUGUAAUCCUGUGAAAGAGAUCGUGGCCGAUGCCUUCCUCUAUCCCCAAGUGGGAAGUGGCGUGGCCGAAGGGGG